AUGAGCUUGAAGCUAGACGUUGGCUACCCGCUGUACGGCGCAGCCUUUGCCACGGACCACUCGUUGGUCGUCACAGGUGGUGGUGGUGAGGGAAACAAUGGGAUCGCCAAUAAGAUGUCGAGCGUCGGCAUCAAACAGGAUAAGUUGAUUGUUACUGACGACUACGAAUUCGCCGGAGUGAACGACUCGCCAACGGCACUGGCGUUGGAGAAGGGCACUCUGCUGGUGUCGCUGAAUGCUGCAUCCUCAAAGCUGAAACAGGGCGAGAAUGACCACCUGAAGAAGUACAAGUUCAAUGCCGAUGAGGAGCACAACUUUGAGUUGAUCAAGGCGGUGAACUUGUUACAGUCAAAGGACCCUCUUGACUACAUUAAGGCCAUUGUCUUGUCAAAGGAUGCGUCCAUGGCGCUGGUUCUCAACGCCACAACCCCGCCAUCUUUGAAAUUGAUAGAUGUUGACACCAUGGAGGUUAAGCAGGUCCUUUCCAAAGAUGAGGAGGAUGAAAUUAGAGACAUUGCGAUAAGCCCUUCAGGUAACGCCGUGGCAUACAUCACUGAAAAGAAAUUGGUACUUUACAACUUGGCAACAAAGGAAUCAUGGGAACAUGAACGUUUCACUUCAAACUAUCUCUUGACCAAAGUGGAACUGAUUGAAGAUGAGGCCGCAAUAAUCGGUAUCAACCUCAAGAACAAGGCUGGUAUAUUGCUUCUGGAAUCAAGAGUGGUCUUUGAGGAUCAAGGUCUUAAGCCAAGAAGAAUCUUAAAGACCAAAAAGGCUAGAGUUAUCACCGAUAAAGUGACAAAGAUAACUGCCCUUGACGUCUCUUUAUCGGGUCAGAUCGUUGCCAUUGCUGGCAACGAUAACUCUAUAACCAUUGCUGAUCUGGAUGACUUUUCAACUUGUAAACGUUAUCCAAAGGUUCACACGUUUGCUAUCACCAAGAUUACUGUCUCU